ACAAAUCGAGAGUAACCCAUGGGGUAACCAUGUAGACGCGACCCUGUCAGAGAGCCUAGAGUAGAAAACUGUAACAAGACACAACUGCGACUGGUUUUCUUAGCUUUGUGUGAAAUGGCAGUACACCUGAAAGACAAAGAAGCUUACCAGAGACUGAACUAUCUGUAUCAGGCUGCACAUUGUGUUUUAGCUCAAAACCCAGAAAAUGUGGAGCUGGCUCGUUUCUACUGCUUUACCCAGAAGACCAUAGCAAGACGUUUAGUUCUUAGACAAGACCCAUCAGUAAAAAGAACAUUAUGCAAGAAGUGCUGCUCAUUGCUCAUCCCUGGUGUAACUGCUACAACAAGACAACGAAGAAAAAAUGGCAAGACUCGCUUCACUGUGGUGAGAUGUCGCAUUUGUGGGCAGAGCAAGACAUUAUUGAAUAAUCCAGAUUAUUGUCUGUGGGUAGACCGUCCCGAGGCUCAGCUACAGCAACAAAAACAGCCAGAUCGAGGCCCUUCUGCUAAUAGUCAGCCAAAAGACUCAGAGCCUGCUGGGUCAGUGCCUUCUACACCUGUUGCAAGUACUGCCGGGACACAAGCAGCUCCCCUCUCCUGAGUGUCAAAUACUGUAUGAGACAUUUCAUAAAUUGAAGGAACUAGUCUCUUUUACAUUAAUUCCGUUUAGUUGAUUUAGUUUGUUUUUGGCCUCUAUGAGAUCGUUUUUAUCUGCAGCUUGUAUCGCUGUUCAGCAGUGUCAUUCUUGAUGCUGCCACCAUGUGGCGUCCUGCACCUGGUGGAUUUAAAGGAAGCCGUGUUGGUGAAGGUGGUUUCGUUCCUAAAGAAACAAUGAUUGAGACUCAGUCAUAUUUUUAUUGAAAACAGCUGACGAGAAUGGAACGAGUAAAAGAUUUUUUUCCCCCCAAAUAUCUUAUUUUUUUCUGUACAGGCUUGAAAUAUUGAAAGUAAAUAUCUCUUGACCAGUGA